AUGGGUAUUAUCGUUGAUCGACUGAGGGGGCGCAAGACCCCGGAUGUUGUGGAAGACCUUGGUCCCAUCGAAGACUCCCAUGCCCACAACUCCGAUAACGAUGAGUUGGCCCGUGCCGAGAAAGAAGCCGAGUUCAACCCAGAUGUCACUACCAAGGACGCCCAAAUCGGUGUGCAGAAGGCCGAGGCUGUCACGAUCGUUUGGAGUAAGAAGGCGGUUUGGGCGACUUAUGCUUGGAUCUGGGUCUGUUAUUUCAUGUUGUCACUUCAUGAAUACAUCGGGUCCAAUGUUCUCUACUAUGCCUACAGCAAAUUUCAGUUGGCCCCCCAGGUGACGACUGCUAACAUUCUGGCCACCAUCAUUGGAGGUGUUCUCAAAUUGCCUAUUGGCAAGAUUCUUGGCCUGUGGGGUCGUGCUGAGGGCCUUUUCGUCUUCUUGAUCGUAUACCUGCUUGGCAUGAUCAUUCUUGCCGCCUGCACCGGGCCCAACUCGUAUGCGGCUGGCUAUGUCCUUUACUGGGUUGGCUUCGAUGCCAUUUAUCUGAUCUUGGAGAUCUUCAUCGCCGAUACCUCUGGCAUGCGUAACCGAGCCUUUGCUUUUGCUUUCUCGACUACCCCAUACAUCUGUACCGCCUUCACUGGUUCCCUAGCGGCGCAGUCUUUCAUCAACACCUCCGGCUGGCGGUGGGCCUAUGGCGCCUUUUGCAUCAUUCAACCCUUUGUUUUCAUGCCGUUGAUUUUUGUGUUCAAGUUCUAUGAGAACAAGGCUAAGAAGAUGGGCGUCUUCUCUCGGCAACCCAGUGGUCGGAGUGUCAUGCAGUCGAUCCUUCACUAUAUCCAUGAAUUCGAUGUGAUUGGCUCUUUGAUCCUAAUGGCCGCCUUCAUUCUCUUCCUGCUGCCCUUCAGCAUGGCCACUUAUGGACGAACUGAGUACCAUACUGCUACUUUCAUCGCCCAGGUGGUCGUAGGAUUCUGUCUGUUCUUCGUUUUCGCUGCUUGGGAGAAGUGGUUUGCCCGCACUCACUUCAUUCCCUAUAACCUCCUUCGCGAUCGUACUAUCAUCGGCGCCUGUGUACUUGCUGCGAUUCUGAAUUUCGGAUUCUACCUUUGGGACAGCUACUUCUAUUACUUUAUCAUGGUAGUUUACAACCUUGAUGUCAAGAACACCGGUUAUGUGACCGCUACUUACACGAUCGGUUCUUGCUUCUGGUCCCCUAUCUUUGGCCUUUGGGUCCGAUGGACAAAGGAGUACAAAUACGCUUGUCUUUGUUUUGCCGCUCCCCUGAUGAUCUUGGGCUCUGGUCUGAUGAUUCACUUCCGAGGACAAACUGAGGAUCUCGGAUAUGUUAUCAUGUGCCAGAUCUUCAUUGCUUUCGCGGGUGGUAUGCUCGUCAUCGGUGAACAAAUGGCCGGCAUGUGCGCUUCCGGACGGGACGAUAUCCCUAUCAUUCUCUCCACUAUCAGCCUUUUCUCCAGCAUCGGCGGCGCCAUUGGAUCUGCGAUUUCUGCAGCCAUCUAUACCAAUACAUUCCCCCAGGGCCUUCGUCAGGCUCUGCCAGAGAGUACCAAAUCCGAGUGGGAGACCAUCUACCUGGGCGGUUAUUCUUCUCAGCUAGAGUAUGCACCUGGAACAGCAACGCGUGACGCUAUUGACUUCGCAUGGGGCUACUCGCAGAAGUACGGUGCUAUUGCGUCGACUUGCAUUCUCGCCUUGACUAUUCCGUCAAUUUUGAUGUGGAAGCACUACCGUGUGGACAAGAAGCAGAACAAGGGUACCACUUUCUAA